UAUAAUUGUUAGAUUCAAUUAUUUUUUUUCGAUCCCUUUUAUCUUAGAAAAGAAUUAGCAUUUAUUAGGUCAAAAUAAAUUUUCAAUGUAAGACAUUAAAAGUACUAUUUGGUCCAUGAAAUUUUAGCUGCAACUCGCAAGUUGUUCGAUGAAAGUACCAGCAGAGUUUGAAUAAUCCUUGACACCUCCAUGCUUCAUGCUGCUUUCUCAAGGCGUCUGAUUUCAGUCCCGCUCCAUCUCUCUCUCCCCAAACCCUCUUACCCUUCGAUUUUCCAGCGUUCGAUCUUGAAGUCGCUCCACUGGGAGACCCACAACGAACUUCCCGAUUUCCUCGAUCGCCUCCUUCGACAAUGCACUACUAUUCUGCAAUGCCAACAACUUCACGCCCAAGUUUUUGUUACUGGUUCUUGCCGCUGGGCGUUCUUGGCUGCGAGGAUUGUUUCCACCUACGCUGGUUUCGGGUUUCUUGAUGAUGCCCGCAAAGCAUUUGCAGCCACCCCAGUUGAAUGCUAUUGGAACCUGCUUUUGUGGAACUCAAUCUUGAGAGCUAAUGCAGCAUAUCAAGAAUAUGAUGAGCUUCUCAGACUUUAUCUUCGGAUGCUAAAGCUUGGGGUUGGAGUUGAUGGUUUCACGCUCCCGUUGGCUACGAGGGCCUGUGCUUCGUUCGGCGAUUCUAGGUUGUGCAAGAGUGUUCAUGGUCAUGUUGUGCAGAUGGGUUUUCAGUAUCAUCUUCAUGUUGUGAAUGAGUUGUUGGGUAUGUAUGGAAAGCUCGGGGAAACGGGGGAUGCCCGCAGAGUGUUUGAUAGAAUGCCUGUGAGAAGCCAUAUUUCGUGGAACACCAUGGUUUCGGGAUAUGCACUUAAUUAUGACUGUGAUGGCGCUUUUGAAAUGUUUCGUCGGAUGGAAUUGGAAGGUUUGGAGCCAAACUUAGUGACUUGGACGUCAUUGUUGUCUAGUCAUGCCCGGUGUGGGCGUCACGAAGAAACGUUACGUUUGUAUGGCGUGAUGAGAAAGAAAGGAAAUGGCACCACCGCUGAAGCCCUUGCUGUUGUCAUAUCUGUUUGUGCUGAUUUGGGUGCACUUGGUAAGGGUGAGGUAAUCCAUGGACAUGUUACAAAGGGUGGUUUUGAGAAGUACUUAUUUGUCAAAAACUCUCUUAUAUCCAUGUAUGGUAAACAUGGAGCGGUUACAGAUGCUGAAAAGCUGUUUAUGGAAAUAGAAUUGAAGAACGUAGUGAGUUGGAAUGCUUUGAUAUCGUCCUAUGCAGAUUCUGGGUUAUGUGACGAGGCUUUCUCAUUGUUUUCACAUAUGGAAAACUCAAAUGAGUAUCCAGUGGUGAGACCUAAUGUAAUAAGCUGGAGUGCUGUUAUUGAUGGAUUUGCUUCUAAGGGACGCGGGGAGGAGUCCUUGGGACUCUUCCGGCGUAUGCAACUGGCCAAAGUACGGGCAAACUCCAUUACAAUUUCCAGUGUUUUAUCAGUUUGUGCAGAAUUAUCAGGCCUUGGUCUUGGCAGGGAAAUCCAUGGCCAUGUAAUUAAAGCCAUGAUGGACGGGAACGUUUUAGUGGGGAAUGGCUUGAUUAACAUGUACGCUAAAUGUGGGAGUCUCAAAGAAGCACAUUUGUUGUUUGAGAAGCUUGAUGGUAGAGAUGUAAUUUCAUGGAACACAAUGAUUGCAGGGUAUGGAAUGCACGGACUUGGUAACGAUGCUCUAGAAACUUUUAAGCGAAUGGUUAAAGCUGGAUAUAAACCAGAUGCUGUUACUUUUGUUGCUGUUCUUUCUGCAUGUAGCCAUGCUGGGCUUGUUAAUGAGGGUCGUGAGCUUUUUGAUCAAAUGAUAAGAGAGUUUAGAGUGGAACCCCAAGUGGAGCACUAUGCUUGCAUUGUCGAUCUUCUUGGCCGGGCUGGGUUCUUUCAAGAGGCAAGUAACACAAUGAGAAGCAUGCCAAUGGAACCCAAUGUUUAUGUCUGGGGAGCUCUUCUGAACGCUUGUAGGAUAUAUAAAAAUUCAGAUGCCGCAGAACAAAUUGCUUCUCAGAUCCUUGGUCUUGACUUGGAGACAACUGGGAGCUACAUGCUGCUCUCUAAUAUUUAUGCUGCACAUGGAAGAUGGGAGGAUUCUGCAAGAGUUAGAAUCUCUACUAAGGUGAAGGGUUUAAAUAAGAUCCCUGGGCAGAGUUGGAUUGAGGUUAAGAAUAAACCGCAUAUGUUCUUAGCAGGGAAUACCAUGCAAACAGGGAUGGAGAAAGUUCAUCAUAUGCUGAAGGUUUUGGGCCUCCAGAUGGAGAUUGAAGGCUAUAUUCCUGACAGGAGCUUUGUUCCGCAAUAUGUAGGUGAAGAAUUAUAUGCCUGAUGAAGCUGUGAUGCACAUCUGGAAGCCUCCAUCUAGAAACCUCUAUCUAGAAACAUCAAAUUGCACAUGGUGGAUAAAAGCACUAGAAAGAUAAAGAAAUUAAACUGGAGCCACGAUCAAAGGCGGUGAUUUGUGAUGUAGGUGAGCACAAUGACUUCCAAUUCCUGUAAAUAGGAAUGGCUCUUUCAAUUGGAGGAAGCAACAAAAUCCCAAACUCCAGUGCUCUGCUCUGCUCCAACCAAGCAACUCCUGGUUCUCCUACUUUGCCUCAUCUACUGAAAAGGACUCUCUGCUAUAUAUAAACCUUUUGCACUCUUCUCCUCCAUUAGUAAAAUACUACUUUGAGAAUAUCAUUUCCUCAUUUCCAUUUCAACAAGUGGUAUCAGAACAACAUGGUUCCAUCAUAAAUUGGGCAUAGGUCCAUCCCCCAAACAUUACUAAAAUCCCAUUCUAUCGUUCCAUAUUACUCUAAAGAUUCCUUCAUCAUGGCAGAAUUUAUUCAGUAAUCUUCUGUCACUGUCCCAAUUUUCUCGAGGGAAAAUUAUGAUUUUUAGAGUAUAAAAAUGAAGACAAUUUUGGGCUCCCAAGAUUUGUGGGACAAUGUACAAGAUGGUUUUUUUUUUUUUUUUCAAUUUGCUCCGGAGGAUACUUCAACUCUUAUUGUAGCUCAAAAAACAGAGUUGAAGGAUUCACAAAAUCUAUUUAUCUUGCAACAAACCUUUGUUAAAUGCUGAUGCAAAAUGUUAACGUUGUUAAAUAAGUCUUCUACUCACGUGUAGAAAUUGGAGCAGUUGCAGUUCCUAGUACUUAGGAUUUAGUUGUUAUUUAUCCCAUAUUUUUAAUUUAUGGCAUAUUGGGUGGAUGUUUUUGUUUGUCUAUUUAAAUGUGUUGUUAGAAAUGCCUUGAAUAGAUCAAAAUAUUA